AAAUAGUUAAUGAUCAAGGUAUGGUUAAUGAAGAUCAAAGCAUGUUUAGUGAGGAUCAGAGUAUGAUAAAUGAAAGUCAAAAAACGUUUAAUGAAAAAACAUUUAAUGAAAGUCAAGAAACAAUCGUUGGUGAAAUAGAUGUUGAAAAGGAAAAUAUUGAAGAAGAUGGUGACAAUUAUUAUAACGAACAAGAAAUGAAUUAUUGUAAUGUAUAG